AUGGCGACACGAAGACAAAGCCCACGCGUGCUGUCCGUGCUACGCAAUGGCACUCGGCAAUCACCCCGGAGUCACUGCGGUAGCACUGGCAGAAUGUUCUCAAGCAACCAGAACCCUGUUCUCAAGCGGCCAAGCGCAGUGACUUGGCUGACAGCUACCGCGAUUGGCUUUGCUGUCCCUCUAGCAUAUCAAUUCUUCAGCGUGAAUGGCCAAGGCAGCGCGAAACUCGACGCCGCAUCGCUCUUCGAGAUGGAUAUGCGAACGAAGCAGGAAGCCCCUGUCAGCGACAACUCACCGAUGCGACUGCGAAUGGAAAAGUUUGUCAAGGAGCAGCAGCAAGAAAUCAUUAAGGCAAUCGAGGAAAUUGAUGGCAAGAAGUUCUUCCAGGACAAAUGGGACCGAGACCACGGCAACGGUGGCGGCAUCACUGCUGUGUUGCAAGAUGGCAACGUCUUUGAGAAGGCUGGAGUUGCUGUCAGCAUAAUAUAUGGUUCUCUGCCAAAGGCUGCCAUUGAAAGAAUGCGCGCAGACCACAAGAAUCUGGCUACAAAUGUCGACUCUCUGGACUUCUUCGUCGCGGGCCUGAGCCUAGUGUUCCACCCAAAGAACCCGAUGGCGCCAACUGUGCACCUGAACUAUCGCUACUUUGAAACGGCAAACCCCGACGGCACAUCUCAGGCUUGGUGGUUUGGAGGGGGUAGCGAUCUGACCCCCUCUUACCUAUUUGACGAGGAUGCCAUCCACUUCCACAAGUCGCUGAAGGACGCUUGCGACUCCCAUAGCAAGGAGUACUAUCCUCGCUUCAAAAAGUGGUGCGACGAAUACUUUUACAACAAGCACCGCAAGGAGAGCCGCGGCGUUGGCGGCAUUUUCUUUGAUGACUUAGACGAGUCGGAGCGCGACCAGGAGAAUACCUUUGCUUUUGUGCAGGACUGCCUGAAAUCUUUUUUGCCUUCGUACCUUCCCAUAUUGGAGAAACGCAAGGACAUGCCUUUCAACGAGAAGGAGAAGGAGUGGCAGCAGAUUCGCAGAGGACGUUACGUCGAGUUCAACUUGGUGCACGAUCGCGGCACUGCCUUUGGACUUCACACCCCUGGCCCUCGUGUCGAGAGUAUUCUGAUGAGCUUGCCACGAACUGCUUCGUGGGGCUAUAUGCAUAUCCCGGAAACUAAUAGCCGGGAGCAACGUCUGGUCGACGUUCUACAGAAGCCCAAGGAAUGGGUUUAA